CUGUAAAACCAGAGAAAACCCUAAUCUUUAAAACCCUCAAAAAAACACAAAAUUAUGGAUUCAGUGUACUCCAGUUUCUGUCCAGAAUGCAACAAGAAAAACACAGAAAUCGUGCUCGAUCACGCGGCGGGGGACACAAUUUGCUCUGAGUGCGGAUUAGUUCUCGAAGACCGGUGCCUUGACGAAGGAUGCGAGUGGCGAAUCUUCACCGAUGACAACAACGACAACGAUCCCAAACGCGUAGGAGCUGCAAUUGAUCCUCUAUUGAGUAAUUCAAAUCUCUCAACCUUUAUCUCCACCUCCAAUCGCGGUGGUGCCACUGCCGUAUCUGAUAGUGUCUUGAAUUCGUCUCUUGCUCGGUUUCAAAAUCACAAAUUAAGCGCGAAUAAUGACAAUCUGAUUAAGGGUUUCGAAGCAAUUCAGGCGAUGGCGGAUGGAUUGAGUAUACAGAAAAACAUAGUGAUUAGGGCUAAAGAGAUAUACAAGAAGAUUGAUGAUGAGAGACAAUGCAGGGGAAGGAACCAGAGUGCAGUCUUCGGUGCUUGUUUGUUUAUUGCUUGUAGAGAAGUUAAAUUGCCGCGGACAUUGAAAGAGAUAUCUGUGGUUGCUAAUGGUUCUACGAAGAAGGAAAUCAAUAGGGCUAGUGAACAAAUCAAGAAGACAUUAGAUGUUGAGACAGGAACUUUACAUGCUGGGGACCUUGUGAGGAGGUUUUGCUCUCACCUUGGAAUGAAGAAUCAAGAAAUCAGUGUUGUUCAAGAAACUUUACAGAAAUCCGAAGAGCUGGAUAUUAGGAGGAGUCCCAAAUCAGUCUUGGCUGCAAUUAUUUACAUGAUCAGUCAGCUUUCAGACAACAAGAAGCCUAUUCAAGAUAUCUCAUCGGCAGCUGAAGUUGCUGAAGGGACAAUCAAGAAGUCCUAUAAGGAUCUUUAUCCCUAUGCAUCAAGGAUUAUACCGAAUCGGUAUGCCAAUGAGGAGCAGGUUCUGCAGAAACUUUGCCAACCUUGAAGAAGUUGAUUCGUAAUGCGCAAAGCUGCAUAUACAUCUGCCCCCCUAUUCACUCUUCUGCUGUAGUGCUGGUAGUUCU